AUGGAUCAUGGAAAGGCCAUCAUCAAUGGUGGGGUGUCAGUUGAGGGUACUAGUGGGUUACUUCUCCAUGAGAAGUUGAAGGCCGAGUUAGAGCUCUUUGAUUCGGAAGACAGUCUAGAACCAACGACUCCACUCAGCCUCUCUGAAUGUGAUGAAGAAGACGAGGAUGUGGAAUCCGAGGUGGAGCCCGAAGAAGAUCCAGAGGAGGAGCCUCCAGAAGACCCUGAUGAGGAACCCGAAGAAGAUCGCGAGGAGGAACCCAAGGGAAAUCACGUGGAGUAUUGUAUGAAACAAAGGUACGAAACAUUCGAUAUUCCCUAUGUGGAGUACACGCCAACUAGUCCUGGUACCUAUUGGGAGCGACUCUAUAAAGAUGAAAUGCCACAGGCACAACUCGAGAUACACAGUUUGAAAAUAAAUAUUGAAGAGAUAGAUGAACAUAGGUCAAGGCUCGAGGUGUUGGAGCUAAGGAAACCCACUAUCACUAAGUUGUGGGAAGGGUAUGUGGCUCGAGCAAAACAAGCCAAGGCCGCGACUUACGGAUUCCUAGAUAAGGUGGUUGGAGGAGAACCACCUCAGAACGAGGUGCUGGUCAUUCAAAGUGGUCCUGGAUAUCGAAAAGCUAAAAAGAUAAGGAAAUCUGGGAGGUUCACUAGGGUCACUCCAGAGGAUGAAUGCAUCCCAAUUCGAGCUUAUGUUAGAGCACUAGGAGAUGUUCCAGAAACCCCACUGAACCCAAAUGCUACCCAUGGUAGCUCCGGAUCCCACCGUGGUCGAGGUCGAGGUCAUGGAAGGGGUCAUUCGGCAAACACGAUCACUAGAGAAGAGUUGGCUGAUGAGAUUGCUCGAGCAAUUCGAGACACCUUACUAGAUGUAGCUGCUUAG